UAAUAACAACUGCUUUGUGCUGCAUACCCUGCUUAUCAUAUGUUACGAAAAAAGAGGGAACACAGCGACGCUUAUUUUUAUACGUAUAUUUUGCUUAAGUGAAGCCUAAGCAAAUCUUAACAUGGGUGGCGGGGAUCUGAACUUGAAAAAAUCAUGGCAUCCGCACACGAUGAAGAAUCAGGAGCGCGUUUGGAAAGCGGAACAAGCAAAGCAGGAAGAGCAACGCAAACUGGAUGAUCUACGCAAGGAGAUCAAUGAGGAGCGUGACCGUGAAGAGCUCAGGCGCAUUGGAGAGAAUUCAGGCGUGCUAAACAGCAACAAUGGUGGUGAAGCAAAGCUCGAAUGGAUGUAUAAAAAUAGCGCAGAGCUCAUCAACCGAGAAGAAUAUCUGCUGGGCCGCAAGAUAGACAAAUCAUUUGAGCAGCUGCAGGCGGAGGAGAAACGACAGGAGCACAGUACGCUGGGUGUCAAACAGUCCAUAAACCAUGUGGAGCACGAGUGUGUGCCAUUCUCGAUACGUGAAUAUCGCAAUCUGCAGUCCACUGAGCAGGUGGACAUGCAGCGCAAGACAAUGGAAGAUCCGCUGAUGCUUAUCAAACAGAGAGAAAUGGAAUCGCGACGAAAGCUGCUGGAAAAUCCGGUAAAAUUAAAAGAAAUCCAUCGCAUACUCAAGACGGAGAGAGAACAAGCUACGAAACGUAACAAAAAGUCCAAGAAGAGCAAGAAGUCUAAGAAAAAGAAGAACAAAAAAGGCAGCAGCGACGACCACAGUGAUGACAGCGACAGCAACGAGGAUCUGGACAGAAAGCUGGCCAAACAGAUGAAAAAACUGAAAGGCGAGAGCACAAAUGAAGACUUCAAGCUGGACAAACUGUUGGAUGCCAAGUAUCGUACGUUGACCAAGCAGCUGGAUAUGGCAGCCAAGCAUAAAAAAUCAAAGAGCAAGAAGAAGUCGAAGCGUCACAGUAGGAGCAGUAGCAGUAGCAGCACCAGCAGCAGCAGCAGCAGCAGCAGCAGUGAUUCUAGCGAUAGCAGUGAAGAGGAGCAGUCCAAGACAAGCAGAGGAAGACGUGACAGAAGUCGCAGCAAAGAGAGACCCGGCAGGCGUAAUAGUAGCGACGAUGAGCGAUCAAAGAAUACCAAGGAAAGUAGAGCCAGAAGCGGCAGGAGCGCAGGUGAACGAGAUAAGAAGCGAAGACACGGCAGAAGCAACAGUCGCUCAAAUGAAAAACCAAAGCCAAUUAGAGAGAGCAGAGGACGACGUGGUCGAAGCAACAGCAGCGCAGAUGAGCGAUCGAAAAAGACUAAGAUGAGUAAAGACAGACGUAAUAGAAGCAGCAGCAGCAGAGCAGAUGAGCCUUCAAAGAAGGCUAAGGAGAGUAGAGACAGACGUAAUAGAAGCAGCAGCAGAGCAGAUGAGCGAACCAAACAGAUCAAGGAGAACAGAUCCAAACAUACCAAUGAGAGCAGAACAAGACGUGGCAGAAGCAACAACCGCGAAAAUGGCAAAGCAAAGGAAAACCAGUCUAGAGAAAAGAAGAGAAGAGCUGAGAGAAGCAACAGCAGGACAGAGGGGCGAGCAAAGGGCCAGGAGAGAGAGAACGGUAGACCGGGAGACAGACGCAGGCGCAGCAGAAGUCGCAGUUCACGCAGAGAUCAACCGCAGCAGCAGCGUCAUCGGAGUCGCAGCAAUGAUAAACAGCGGCAGCCGCGCAGGGAACACAGCAAAGAGAGACGCCGACCUAGUCCUAGACCAACUGUGGCUCCGCCUCCACGUCAGGUAGAGAAAUCGAAGCCCAAGCUCAGCGAGAGUGAGCGUGAGGCGCGUCUGCGCGAGAUGAUGGAUAAUGCUACGUGGCGCGAGGCAGAUCGCACCAAGGUCGUGCGCAAGCAUCGUGAGGAAUACGCCCGUGAGGAGGCACAAAAUCAGGCGCGCGACUUCGACCAACAGUUCAUCAACAAGGAGGUGAAGAAGGCCAUCGAUAAUCAGACAUCCAUUGGCAAUCGCAUUCGUGCCAAUCUCAACAACAUACAACGCACCUCGGCGGCCAUGGAUGCGAACUUUGCUCGAAAGUAAA